CAGACAAAACUCCCUCCCUCUCUCAUUCACUCACUCACUUUAGGCCAAUCCGUCCUCUCUCUCUCUCCCCCUCUCUCUGUGUCUCUCUCCUACUCUGAGACAGAGUCAGAACUCUUCUCCCUGACAGCCACAAACAUCUACAGCACUUAUUGCAUUCAGAGAGGGAACCUGCAAACAAAACUUCACAGAAAACUUUUGGUUCUUGUUCCAGAGAAUUUGCUGAAGAGAAGGAAAAACAAACAAACAAACAAACAAACCAAACCAGCCCCAAAAAAACUGUGCGUGAAGGGGGAGGAAAAGCAGGGCCUUUUAAAAAGGGAAUCACAACAACUUUUGCUGCCAGGAUGCCUUUGCUUUGGAAGAGAGGAUUUUUGUUGGUGCUUUGCUGGAUUAUAGUGAGGAGUUCCCCAACCCCAGGAUCCGAGGGGCACAGUUCAGUCACUGACUGUCCAUCAUGUGCCCUUGCCACGCUCUCAAAGGAUGUGCCCAGCUCACAGCCUGAGAUGGUGGAAGCAGUAAAGAAGCACAUACUGAACAUGUUGCACUUGAGGGACAGACCUAAUAUCACCCAGCCGGUGCCCAAGGCAGCACUUUUAAAUGCCAUCAAAAAACUCCAUGUGGGAAAGGUGGGAGAGGAUGGUUAUGUGGAAAUAGAGGAUGAUGUUGGAAGAAGAGCCGAAAUGAAUGAAGUCGUGGAGCAAACCUCAGAAAUCAUCACAUUUGCAGAAUCAGGCACAGCCAAGAAAAUGUUGCACUUUGAGAUUUCCAAGGAAGGCAGUGAAUUAUCGGUGGUGGAUCACGCUGAAGUAUGGCUCUUCCUGAAGGUCUCCAAGGCCAACCGGAGCAGGACGAAAGUCACCAUCCGCCUGUUUCAACAGCAGCGGCAGCCAAAAGGCAACUCUGAAGGAGCAGAAGAUACAGAGGACAGGGGACUGAAAGGUGAAAGGAGUGAGACUUUGAUUUCGGAAAAGGCAGUGGACACCCGUAAGAGCACUUGGCACAUCUUUCCUGUCUCCAGCAGUGUCCAGAGACUCCUGGACCAAGGCAAGAGCUCUUUGGAUGUGCGGAUUGCCUGUGACCUGUGCCAAGAGACUGGAGCCAGCCUGGUGCUACUGGGCAAGAAGAAGAAAAAGGAAGAUGAUGGGGAAGGGAAAGAAAAGGAAGCUGGAGAAUUCACAGAAGAGGAGAAGGAGCAAUCACAUCGGCCCUUCCUGAUGAUGCUUGCCCGGCACUCAGAGGACCGCCAGCACAGGCGGCGGAGACGAGGCCUGGAGUGUGAUGGCAAAGUCAACAUCUGCUGCAAGAAGCAGUUCUUUGUCAGCUUCAAGGACAUAGGAUGGAGUGACUGGAUCAUUGCACCUACAGGUUACCAUGCCAACUACUGCGAAGGAGAGUGCCCCAGCCAUAUAGCAGGCACAUCUGGUUCUUCGUUAUCUUUUCACUCCACUGUCAUCAACCAUUACCGCAUGCGGGGCCAUAGCCCCUUUGCCAACCUCAAGUCAUGUUGUGUGCCCACCAAGUUGCGGCCCAUGUCCAUGCUCUACUAUGACGAUGGCCAGAACAUCAUUAAGAAAGACAUACAGAAUAUGAUUGUGGAGGAGUGUGGCUGUUCAUAGACGUAUGUGUGUGCAAGACCCUUCUCAUUGAGAAGAAAAUGUAUCAAAAGCCCAAGAAGAGGAAAGACCGGACAUGGUAUAGCCUUUUUUGAAUGAAACAAUCAUCGGAAAUAAAAGCAAAAAAAAAACCAGAGAGAGAAAAGAGAAAGAAAAAAAAAAAGACUUAUGGAGGAUCAGGAAAGACUUCAGCUGUAAAAAGGAAGAAAGCUUCAUGAACCCGGGCUUGAAUGAGAUACGUCUGAAUGGCGGUAUGGGUUGGGGACUUCCCCUUCCUUUCAGUAUGCUCCUUAUCUUAUUACAUAGUAUACUAAACUUUAGUUAUGACUAGGGGAGUUAUGUUCCCUCCCUUAGUUACCCGUCAGUUCAAGCAGUGGUAGCAGCUCAUCUAAUCUGCAGCAAUUUGGACUAAGUCCAAAAUGUCAUUGAAAUUCCUUCAAAAGCCAUGUGUAUGAACACUACAUUCACUGGCACUUUCCCCCAAAAUUUACCGAGGAACUGAGUAGGUGUGUAGUGUUUGUGUGUAUAUAUAUGGCUAUGUAUUUAUAUACAGAUGUCUAUACAUACAGACACUACAUACAUACAUAUACUUAACAUUGGUAAAGGGACAAUAUUGUGCAGGUGUAUACACCUUCAUCUUCUGCACUACAUUUACAAAAAAAAAAAAGAAAAAAGGAAAAAAGAAAAAUGAAGAAAAAACAGAAUUAAAAAAAGAACGAAUGAAAGAAUAAAAGUUACAUUUUGUAAAGGUGCUUACAACGUUAGAACUAUGCAACCUAGUUGGUUUGAAACUGUUUACCUGCGAGAGAAAGACAAAAAAAAAACCAGAAAGACUUUUUUUUAAAUGGAAGUAACUUGUUUUAAAAAAAAUUCUUCAGUGAGAGAUACUUGAAAGGAACAUGUUUGUCCAGUUACUGGAGCCAAACAUUUCUAUAUUUUGUAAAAAAAAAAAUUUUUAAUCGUUUACUAUUUGCACUACAAUGGUGUCUGACCUGUCUAAUCCUUAUUUAACAAAUAUUUGCAAGGGAGGGUGGUUGGGUGUGGGAGGGGUUGAGAGCUGCACUUAUUGUGAGCUAUACAAGAACUGCUACAGCACACAAAAUAGCUAUUUUUAUUAUUAUAAUAAUUAUUAUUAUUUUGUACCUUAAAAUGAAUAGACACAUACACCAAAGACAUUUGUGCAAGCCUCUAAAAAGUCUGUUUGUGGUUGGUACCAUUCACCUGUAAUAAGUUAGGGUUUGAAUUAAGGGUCAGUGGGUUGAUUACAUUCAGGCUAGAAUAUCUGUUAACCAGUUAAAUUCAAAUAGUGCCCUCAACAGCAAAUUGCCAUUUGAAGUAAGCCCAGAAAAGCCCUGGGAUUUGGAUCCAAUGUGCUCAGAUCCAAGGUCCAUCUAAGUAUAAUUGUACUCUUUUGCAUGUACAACACUAAGACUUGUCCCUGAUGCAUAGCAACUGUGCAUUUUUGGGAAACAACUUUAUACAAGGGAUAUACAUAUAUAUAUGUAUAUAUUUCUGUAUGUAUAUAUGUAUGUAUACACAAGGUAUAAGCACUUCUGGCUUCACUUUAAUGUUCUUAAAACAAUGAAUGUUUGUGUGCAAAGCACAUUAUGUUAAAAGAUUGUUUGUUUGUUACUACCAAGUGGGAGGCUACACGUUUAAAAUGGUAUUUGUGUGAGAGAAACCUAAAGUGCUGGUGUGCACUUAGAAAGUCUCGAUGUAAAAUUGCAAGCAGCUUUGGGUCCUGCCCACCAUCACCCCUGCAAAUAUACAGAAAAUGGCAGUUGUGGUAGGAUUUCUGUUUGAAACGCAGUCUUCAGUGAAAGACUGGCUGUCUCAACCACCACCCUCUAGCAUGACAACUCUUCAUGGGUUUGCGCGUUACCUGUAAGACCUAAUUUUCAGUGUCAACACCUAACCUGAUGGGUCCAACCCAUAGGGCAUAGGUAGAUAGUUUUUUUUAAAAACUCUAUCACUGUCAUAUUUAAAAGAAUGUUAAAGUUACAACAUUUGUCUUUGGGUAGGGGGAGAUGAUAAGAGGGAAUGGGAGAAACCUUUAGGCCCUGCUUACACUGAGUUUGGUAACCCUGAGCCUGAAGCUUCAGACUCUCACAGGUUUGCAGGACCAAGCCCCUGUUAGCUGUCUUCUGACGGGACAGGCUUCAAAAUGCCUCUCACGGAAAGAAGCGCUAAUGUGGCUCCCCACCUUGUUGAGAGCACAGUCUGUAAGAAAAAUUAAAAAAAAAAAAAAAAAAAAAAGAUAGCACAAUUUAACCCGGUCACAUUGGCUAGGGAUAGCGUGUUAGCACCUUCAUGGCAAGAACCAUGUUUAAACAGUGUAAUCAGGGCCUUCAUUUUUUGUCAGCCAAAACUGUUUGUGUGUGCAUGUGUGCGUGGGUGUUCUCUGUGUGUGCAUAUGUAUGUGCGCAUGGGCGCAUGUCAGUAUUUGUAUGUAUCAAUAGAGAUUUAAAAAAAAAAGAAAAAAAAAGAAAAAAGAAAGAAAAGAAAAAAAAAGCCCUUUCCUCCGUUGAAUAGAUAUCAACAUACACGCUUAUAGCUAAGUUUUCUAUCUAAUUUAUUCCACAGUAUUUAGAUUGCAUAGUACAGCUAAUGGGUUAUACAUUUAUGUACUUUUUAUACAACACAUUUUUUUACAGACUUGUUUGCAAUUUGCAAAAAUAAAAAUUUUUAAAAAUUAUAACAAUUGGGUAAACACUAAAUUUGUCACUAAAGUAUUCUGUAAAAUAUCAAGGCUUUCUGAUUUAAAUUAUUUGCAGAAGUUUGUUGGGUUUUUUGUGUUUUCUUCCUGGGGAAAGGGAGGGAUACCAAAUGCUAGUAUGACAAUUAAAAAAAAAAAAAAAAAAAAGAUGCACAACUAAUUUAUCUUUAUAACUUAAACAAACCAAGUUCCUGACCCUGCUUCAUUUGAAGCAAGUGGGAGAAUUACUGUUCAUUUUUCUAGAAGUAGAGCCAGGCUCUGGAACAGCAGGAACAGGGACAUCAUAGUCUGUGACAGUUGUUGAGGAGAGUACCUUUUAUUUCACUGGGCUUUAGACUUGGCCUUAAAAUUGGAUGCAUACUGUCCCAGAACCCUUACUCAUGUCAACAGGCUCUUUGACGUCUACUGGUCUCCUUACAAGAGUAGUAAAACUACUUACAUGAGUAAAGGUAAGCCAGGGUGAAUCACAGGUUCCUUUUGCUGUGGACAGUGUGAAGGGAGAGAAAGGAUUUUGAAGGAAUGGCACCAUAUUUAACAUUGUUUAAUUCAAUUAUUUAAACAAGGCUGCUUGCAUCAUGGUUGAUCUCUGAACGUAGUGGCAAGGGAAGCAGGUGAGAUGGCUCAUGUUGGUAAAAAUUAUUCUCAAAAGUGAUUAGUUAGAGAGCAUUGGAGACCUGAAAUCCCAGCACCUUCCCCUAAAUGACAAUGGCAAAACUCCCAUUGGCUGCAAGCAGAAUAAGUUUAGGCUCAUGGCUUUCCUGGCCAAAGCAGAAAUAGCCUUUAAAAAGAAGUCUGAUGCUGAGUUUGAUACCAGCUUUUAUGUGGUAUAUGGGAACUGGCCUUGGAAAACAUGAAAUUAGCCUGAGACAACUUCCAAGUGAGGAAAGAAAAUAGGAUUUUAGAUAUGGUGAGCAUAUUUCAUGAUAGAUACACCAAAACCAGAAGAAGGUUUUCAAACCAAGAAGUAACUGUUCCCAAGCCCCGCUUUUUAGCUUUCAUUUGUGUGUGUAUACUAGUCACAAAUUUUAAAGGUUUCUCCCUCCAAUCUCUAGAUUCAGUCAUGGGGUUUUGAUUUGUGGUCAGUUAUUUAAAGUAGGGGGAAAUGAAAAACUAUAUGAUAAAAUAAAAUAAGAAAUCGGGAUGUUAAUCAAGACCGACUGGUUCCAGCAAAACACCGCAUUCCUGAUAAUUUGAUUUAAUUAAACCUGCAUGUACUUAAAAUAGCAUUAGAAAUUGUUACCAUAUUUAAACAGUUGUUCAAGUGCAUGCAGUCUCAAAAAUCACUUCUCCUUUCAGGUAUGACUGUACCAAAAAAAAAAAGAGGCUUUUAACUGCUAACACAUUCCUGGGGCCCCCAGUGUAAGAAAGGCAUGGACCUGCUUGAGUGGGUCCAGAGGAGGGCCACAAAGAUGAUCAGAGGGCUGGAGCACCUCUCCUAUGAAGACAGGCUGAGAGAGUUGAGGUGGUUCAGCCUGGAGAAGAGAAGGCUCUGGGGAGACCUUAUAGCAGCCUUCCAGUACCUAAAGGGGGCCCACAGGAAAGAUGGGGAGGGACUCUUUAUCAGGGAGUGUAGUGAUAGGACAAGGGGGUAAUGGUUUUAAAUUGAAAGAAGGUAGAUUUAGAUUAGAUAUUAGGAAGAAAUUCUUUACUGUGAGGGUAGUGAGGCACUGGACCAGGUUGCCCAGAGAGGCUGUGGAUGCCCCAUCCCUGGAAGUGUUCAAGGCCAGGUUGGAUGGGGCUUUGAGCAACCUGGUCUAGUGGAAGGUGUCCCUGCUCAUGGCAGGGGGGUUGGAACUAGAUGGUCUUUAAGGUCCCUUCCAACCCAAACUAUUCUAUGAUUCUAUGAUUCUAUAUAACCUACUUCCUGUUUAUAUUGAAAAUCUAUUUUCAGUAUAUAUUUAAUCACAGAAAUGUGUUUGUUUAGUACCUCCACAACCUUGCUUCACAAUGGACCACAUUUGGUUGUCUUCCCCCCUCUCCAUGUCAGAAUCUCGCUGGAUACAAGGCCUAAGAAACUGGCAGAAGUGCACAUUAAGAUGUUUCUUUGGGAGGGCUGAAUGUAUUUGUAUUCUUGGGGUUUAGCAAAAGGAAAUGCUUACAGAUGCUUAUAAUUAUUCUGCACUCAUAUGUCACAGCAGAAUACCUGUCUAGGGCCCAAAAUGGUAGAACUGAAUGAAAUGGGAGUUUUGUCAUUGACUUCGAUAGAAACAGUCUCUUACCAAAUCAUUGCAAAGUAGGACUCUGUUAUAUAUACCUCCUUUUUUUGUAUUUAGUUGAGAUUUAAGCCAUCAAGUUCUUUUAACUGUGACACCACAAGGCCACACAGAGGCUAGCAGCAAUAUCUCUGAGGUAGAGAAGUUCAGGCAUCUGUAAAGUCUAUGUGCAAAAUGAAAACUUUUAUGCUCUGUAGUUACUCAUGUGGAAUAGUGCCUUACUCUGUAAGCAAUGCUGUUGAUUUCAGAGGGUCUCCUUUCCUAGAAAGUUACCAGUCAGCAUCAAUGAAGUGAGCAAAAUCUAUUUCUACAGUGUAGGUAGAAGAGAUGUAAUGGAAAUGAUUAAGUUCUUUUAAGUUAAACCUCAUGUCAAUAGUGUGCAUCAGUAUAAGAAUCAGAUGCUAAUCACUUUCCUUACACUGAAAAAAGCUUUACUCCCCAUCUGCUCUCACUGCAUUACAUGUGGAGUAAAAAAGUUUUCAGUACGAGUAAAUAAAAUUGUAAUUUGACCUUUUGUGAACAACUAUAAGCAACAUUUUCAUGGGCAGAAACAAACAACACUUCUGAGUUAUAUAGCUAUUUAUUUUUUGAGAUAUAGUGAAUCUGUGUUAAUUCUCAAUGGGUUUCUUUGUAUUUAAAUACUUUCAAAAACAAUACAUUGAUGAUGGGUUGAAGAUAUAUAUAUGUAUGUAUGUAUACAUAUUAUAUAUAUAUCUACAGUAUAUAUAUACACACACAACUAUAUAUAUGUAUAUACAUAUAUAUAAAUUAUGAAAGCCAAGAUAUUAUGAAGCCUAUUUUGUUUUUAUCAUUUUGUGUUUUGUUGUUGAUAUUAUUAUUAUUGUUAUUAUUAUUAUUUUGCAUACUACAUGCAGUGCUUUAACCAAUGUCUGUUCGGCUAAUGUAAUUAAAGUUGUUAAUUUAUAUGAGUACAUUUCAACUAUGUCAACGGUUUCUUAAUAUUUAUUGUGUAGAAGGACUGGUAUUUUUUUUAUUUACAUUAUGUUUAAAGAGGUAACAGUUUGAUAUGUUCUCAUUUGUUUCUAUUAGAAGUUAUUUAUUUUCACGGCAUUCCGUCUGGUAUUUUGAUAUUUGGAAGGCAUGCUACCUAUACUUUGUACAGUUAGUGGGCAGUAUUCAGCAGCUCCCGGUAGAUUUUUAGGCCCUAUGUUAAAUAAAAGACCUGUUUGGGAUUUUUAUUUUAGAUCUUUCCUAUUGGUUUGCCAGGACCACUCAGUGCACUUACUGCCAGACACUCUGCCUGCGUGACCAAUUUAUUCCUACUGUAUUUACCCAGGACAGAGGACCAAAACCACCUCUGGUGUAAGUCCAGUGACUUCAGUGAAGUUAUACCAGAGAUGCAUUUGGCUCACAGAGAAAAUGCUUGUGCAAAUCAAUGCAAAGAAAAGGCAGAAAGAAAGAACGAAAGAACGAAAGAAAGAAAGAAAGAAAGAAAGAAAGAAAGAAAGAAAGGAGGAGUCUUUGCAUUUGGAAGGGGAUUUCAACGUGUUAAAAAUGUUUGGGUCAGCUACUAUUUUAUUUUACUUUGUUCUUUUUGUUAUUUUGCUCUUUCUUAUACAACAGCAGCAACAACACAAGUGAAAUAAAUAAAGGGAGUUUCACCAAG